UGCGUUGCGUGUGGCCUAGCCGGCGCGAUACGGGAUGAAUGCGUCGGAAUUCAGCUCGGGCAAAGCGUGGGAAAUGUCGCGAGACUGACUUCACACGGGCAUAGAUUUGAACAGAGAGGGACGGCAUGAAUGGUACCUUUGGUUUUAGGGGAGGUAGUUGUGUGGGCCAACGGCACGCACCCUAUUAUUUCACCUCACACCGCUCGUGCAUUGAAGCCACAUAUCGCAUUCCGAUACAACAGGUGAAAUACUUUCGGCACAAAUAAUAAUAAUAACAGUUUUUUCUCGAGCACUGGUGAUGAUGUUUAUUCAGUGAAAUCAGCUUGAUGACAACUUGCCGCUUUGAACAAUGGCUGGGGAUAGAACUUCAAAAAGCCAAGAGAAGCGUAAGUCCUCGAAGCCGCUGAUGGAGAAGCGGAGACGGGCCCGCAUCAACGAGUGCCUGGCCGAGCUGCAAGGAAUUCUGGAGGCGGCCAACAGCGGCCAAGAAGAGACACCUGGCAGCCAUUCCAAACGAGAAAAAGCAGAGAUUUUGGAGCAGACCGUCCAACUUGUAAAGCAUCUUCGCCAUCAAGGCCAAACAGGAAUCCCCAAUGACCCGAUACCCCAGGCGCAGUACCGGGCCGGCUUCAGCGAGUGUAUGAGUGAGGUCAGUCGAUUCAUGGAGGCCAACAAGAGCGCCCUCAAACCUGAAACGCGAUCGGGACUCCUCAACCACCUGGCGGGCUCCCUGGUGCCGUGCAGCGGCACCGGUUGGGGUGGGACGGCGCCAUUUGCAGCGGGCGUCAGCAGAGUCGCUCCCCGGGAGGUCGGGGUCAACCUCAGCAGGCCAGGUCUAGAACGCCCUGCGGGGGCACCAGCAUCAACGAGCGUGCCUGUACAUUCGCACACCUUGGCGACACCGCCCAAAGUUAUCGUCCCACCUUUGGCCCCGGCCCAACAGCCGACUGCCCCGUCCAUAAGCUCGCAACAAGCGGUUACCAGCAAUACCAACAACGCCAUUCCCGUAGAGCAGUCUCCCAGGAAGGGUGAGCACCCAACAGCAGCUUGCAUCCCACCGCUGACACCAGCCACACCGGGGGUCACACUCCCGGUGAAUUUUCCUCCGGCUCCGGCCGGUCAUGUCGCGCUUGUGCUGCCUGCUCAUCUCCUGAGCUCAUUCGUUGGCGGUCAGUUUGCAACUGGUCAGGUGAUCCCACUGUACCACCAGCAGAGUGGUUCCCCUGUGAUGGGCCAACAACGGGCAGUGACCGCCAGGGCACCAGCGGUACUCCCGGCCGGGUCAGUGGGUGAGGUUUUAUCAAAUCCCAACCCCGGGCAAAGUUCCAACUUCGACAACCAAUGUGCACCCAGUUCCGGCACUGGCGGGGCGGGGCCUAUUUUCGUUAUUCCCGGCCUCAGUUCGGGAUGCUCCUCAAACGUGGCAUCAACUAGUGCAAGACCAAAGGCAUCAUCGACGCCCUCUCAACCAACUGGGCAUGCCCUCAGAGGAGGGAUCCCGGUUCCGGCUUCCAACCAACCAACUACUCCAGGCAACGUGGUAACCAUGGAAACAAGAAGCCAAAAUGGCGUCGUCUACGCCCCCGCCUCUCUACCUAUGCAGCUGUUCGUUGCGCCCUCUGCCUACAGCGGGGGCGUCAACGCUCCCUUCGCGAAUGGUCUUUCUUUGCCGAAUCCUUCAGCCUUUGCCUUGGGUCCUCAUUGGAGGCCAUGGGGUUGGGACCAGGACCAGAGUUAAUCAGCUUCAAGUCCUCUUGAAGCGCUACCGAUACAGUGGAACCAAACUAGUUUGGGUGUCCUAAAAUCUCUUCAACACCAAAAUAUUGAGGCUCAUUCCAAAAUUUGUUAAAGGAUCGGCACGUGACCACAAAAGAGGGUGUUCUGACUCUUGUGCACAAUUAAAUUUGUCCUAUGAAUGGUUUUUGUUUUGAGCAACAUUUGAGUACUAAUUAAGUUUGUCGUCGCAAUAUCAACAUUCACCGACUGAACGCACUUAUGAAUAUUGAAAAAUACGUUACCCAUAAGAAAGAUCACAUUGAAUUUUCUUCUAGUAAGCACUUGAGUAAAGUGGCUUUUUGUCGCUAAUGCUAAUUGUUGUCACUGUGAAUUAGGUUAAAUUAUUUACAAUUAUGCCAAUUUAUUAACGAACUUCAUAUAUUUGGGAAAUUUCUUGGUUUAAUAAUGAAGGUAAAUACUCUAUUAACACUAAAUGUUACAAAAGGGAAUUACUAGCUUGACGAAAAAACAAAGAUCCCCUAUGUCGGCUUCGCAGACGGUUCAAAGCUUCGCUAAAAUGCGAGCGCCCUCUAUAAUUAACACUAAUGAGGCUUGCUGUGUGUUGGCGUGAUGUGCAGUGCAACGUGUUGUAUACAUUUAUUUCUUACGCAACUCAGUGCUGUUUCUUUGUAUGAAAAAAUUGUGUUUAUCAGAUUACUUUAUAUUAUCCAUUAUUAAAAAAGAACUGAUUAUUUAAGACGUUUAUAAAAGUGACGGGAAAUAAACAACUUCAUUUGCAAAUUCCUAUUCAUUUGACUCUUUGUAGGACGUGUCAGUAUAACACAUGUUUCUUUCUACCAAGUCAAGACAGUUGAAAAACUACAAUCUGACAGUUACAUUUUUUGGGUGGGGGUGGGGCUAAAAUAUGUUCAUUUCUGCUCUAAAAUUGCAAUCAAGGAUCGUGAGUCAUUUUCAGGAAAGACAGUGUUGGAAAUGAGGCGUUGGGACGAAAACCACGAACGUUAAGAUUGUGUGAACCGAGAGAAUGUGUGGGACAGUCGAACCUCACUAAAAAUACAACAUUGUGUUGGUAACAAGCUUGGCCCCAACCCUUUGUUCUUCAAUGUUUUCAUUCGUGAUGAUACAAGAUUCCUGUUCUAACAGGGUAAUCUGCUAAGGCCGAAGGACCUCUUGUUAAUCAGGUUCGACUGUAUUUCUAGGGAUGGAUUUGGCAUGGUUGUCCUAAAUACUAUACACCUAUAGCGCUUCACGGAUCGAUGCAAUUCGAACCAGGAGCAGCACAAAAAGAAGGCUAGGAGAGACAUGAUAGCGACGAACAAUUCUUCGAGAGUGCUCGUCGAUAUUUUUCUGGUUAAAAUAAUUUUGUUACACGCUAAACUCUCGGUUCCAGGUCCUACCAUGCUAAACGAACUAGCUAACCGAGUAGCUCGCGAUCGUUAUUUUAUGAGACACCGUCACUCACCAGCGCUUAUCCCCAUUCCCUCUGAAGAGGAAUCCGAUCGAUUCUGAUCAAAAUGUGUCUAGAGGUCCACGCGGCUCACAGCCUAAUAAUACACGGAAUGAUCUCAGCGCACUUCCUUCUUACAUCGGGCUUAACACCAUCCCCGUUUGUCGUUUCGUCCUUGCUUCAUUGUUUGAUGUUUAAAGGCUUCUCGACGGUAUUAAACCCUAGAAAA